CAAAAUCAAAUUUUUAAUUGCACAAACUACAAAAACCCCAAAGAAGAAACUGCAGAAGCUAUUAUCAAUCGAUCAAUGCUCUGUCCCAAACCGAAACAGAGCAAGCAAAAUACCCAAGUCUCAAAUCCAUCAACAAUGGCAGAGACAAACGGCCCUCUGCGACAAACCCAGCAGCCAAAUCCCACGCUCCAAUCUCUCUUCCAAGCCCUCGACCCCGUAUCUCUAAUCCUCUCUCAGAAUUCGAACCCCAACAAACCCAUUCCUCUCAGCCUCAUCACAGAGAGCUUUAUCAUGGAGAGAGGCCCCAGAUACAGAGCAUACGCAGAACUGAGGGAAUCAAAGCUGAGAGGGAAGCAAGCAAGGCAACAAGAACCGGAAGAGUAUGAACCAAAAAUGACCCCUCCGAAGAAACAGGUCAAAUUUCAAACGAAUUUGGUCUCUAGGCCUAAAGGGUCCUCCUCCGUUCUUGCGCAGUCGGUGCCGGAUUUCUCGGCGGCAUUGCGGAAAGAGAACCGGAAGCCAGUGACGACGCUUCCUUCGCUGCUCGAGAUGACGCCGCCGUCAAAGAACUGGUCGAGAGUUAACGGAGUUCUGUCGAAUGCGAGAGGGAGCAAGUCAGCAAAUGCAGGGGAGAAAAGGGGUGGAUUGAUGGCGAGGAAGAGCUAUGCAAGCGUUGAGGAAUUGAAGGGGCUCUCUUCGGCCACAGCGAACGCGAUUAAUGGUGAAAACAGGAGAGGGAGGAGCAGCAGAGGGGGGGCGAAGACUGUUUUGGGGUACAGACAGUUUUGAAUGUCAUGGCGGCGGCGGCAGCGGUGGAGCUGGGUUUUAUACAGAAUUUGUUAACCAUGGUCCAUGGUACUUGUCUUUUGAUUGAAAUUGGAUUUGUUUCACGAGCUUUUUAGAGUAAUGUCCCACUGCUUUCUCCAGAGGUUGAAGAAGAAUUUGUUUUCAAUUUUUUUUUUUUUUUUUUUUUUGUUUACCCUAUUGCUUCUCUGGAGGUAACUAGGAGAAUAUGAUUGUAAAAUAGUGGAGAUUUGAGAAGAACAUGGAUAUUCUUUUCUAUUUUUUCUUACUCAAAAGUUUGG